AUGAAAUUACUGUCGAGUAUAAAAGACAUACCGGACCUGCAACGAGAUAAUGUUCAUAUCAGGGAUGAAGAGGAACUUUUAGAAAAAAUUAAUAAAAUGAUUGAAGAUGGACACAGCAAGUUACAGAUAGUAACAGACUUUGAUCAUACUCUUACCAGACAUAAAAUGGACAAUGGCAAAAUAGUGCUCACUAGUUUUGGUUUGUUUCGUGAGUGCCCCUCAAUACCACAAUAUUACAAGGAUGAAGAUAAUAGGCUGGCAAGCAAAUACAAGCCGAUUGAGGCUGACCCAAAGAUGUCUGUAGAGGAGAAGACCCAGCAUAUGAUAGAUUGGUACACAGCUGCACAUGCAAUUCUCAAAGGAGUAAAAUUUCCAAGACAUGAAUUGAUGGACUCUGCUAAGAAAAUAGUGGAAUGUUUUAGGGAAGGUGUAGCUGAUAUGAUAAAAUGGUGCGAAGCCCAGCAGGUCCCAGUGCUGGUGUUCUCGGCCGGGCUCGGUGAAUCCGUCGUAGCCGCCUUGACCGCUGCCAACUUUUUACUCCCUCACGUAAAGGUGGUAUCUAAUUUCCUGGCUAUGGAUGAAGAUGACUACAUAGUGGGCAUUAAAGGCGAAGUGAUACACACGUACAACAAGAAUGAGACAGCUAUUAAAAACACGGAGUACUACGGGAUGGUUGAACAGCGCUGUAAUGUCAUUCUCAUGGGUGAUAACAUCGGUGAUGCCGGCAUGGCAGAGGGCAUGGAACACUGCAGCGUUAUCAUUAAAAUCGGCUUUCUUGGACACCACGAAAGCAAUCUUAAUAAUUAUCUGAAUAAAUUUGAUAUAGUUCUCGUCAACGAACCUAGUGUAGACGUAGUGAAUGCUUUACUAAAAUUUUUACUGUGA